UUUAAAUUCUGAGAGGAUUUUGGUAAGGAAAAUGUAUACGCUAACUUUAUUUGAAAAUUUAUUAUUUCCCUAUCAUCUGUCAACACACUCGUCCCAAGAGUAGCUCGCAAAUGCAGAUUGAGACCUAUCAGGGCAAACCCCCUCGGACGAUAAAAAAAAAAAAAAAAAAAAAGAAAAUAUAACCGGAAACUUUGCUCCCUGUGUGAAAAUACUUUUGAAAGUUUUUAGAAGAUUUAUACCAACGCAUUUGUCCUGAAAUUACCAAGCCCAGGACGGCGGUACAUAAAUAGAAACACAGACCUGGGGAAAUACUCAGAGGCCUUGAAAUUCCUUUUGUUUAUACUUAACUAAUUAGCACUGGCAGACGAUGAAGCAAACUUUAUGGAAAUUUACUUCGCCAGCAGUAACGUUUACCCGCCCUGCGCUUCAGCUUUUAAUAAUAUAGUCUAGCGGUCGGUAAUUCGUAUGUAUACACCGUGCAGUCACUUAAUGGACAGUAAUACACCACUCGCCGUUGCAUUCGCCAAUGAAAUAAUAAGGUUAUUCUCGAUAGAAUUGCAACGAGCAAACAUCAUCGAUGAACCCUCCGAUGCUAUAAAAUCGUUAAGAACUCUAUUCCGGAUGAUCAUUUUAGUGCCGCUGUUAUUGCAGACUCCACAAAACUACUACUUGCGUUUCUCCGCGUUAUAAUGCGCUAAGUCGUACACGAUAUGAAUACCAAAUUAAAUGCAGAAUCAAACGGUUUUUAAUGAAAUUAUAUUUUCAACUAUUAUAAGAACUCCAAAAGACCGUGGUUUCCAGAACCCGUGCCAAACGUUACAGUAAUUGCGGGUAAAGAUGCAUUACUUACUUGUGUCGUUCAAGAACUUCAAAAUUAUAAGGUAGCUUGGGUUCGUGUUAAUACUCAAACAAUUCUUUCUAUUCACCAUCGAAUGGUUACUGAAAAUUCGAGAAUAACUUUGUCUUACAAUGAUCAUCGUACGUGGUUUUUACACAUACGCAACGUCCAAGAAACGGACAGAGGCUGGUACAUGUGUCAAAUUAAUACGGAGCCAAUGACAAGUCAAAAGGGCUAUCUUCAAGUAGUUGCACCUCCAAAAAUAAUUGAAGAAGAAUCUAGUACAGAUCUAGUUGUUAAAGAAGGAUCAGAUUUGAUAUUACAGUGUAAGUCCAAAGGAUAUCCUGAACCUUAUAUUAUGUGGCGAAGGGAAGACGGUCAAGAUAUCAACUACAAUGGCGUUACUGUCAACGUCGUUGAUGGUGAACAACUAUCAAUAAAAAAAAUUAGUAGAUUACACAUGGGAACUUAUUUAUGUGUAGCUUCCAAUGGAGUGCCACCUGCAAGAAGUAAACGCAUCAAUGUAACUGUGCAUUUUCCUCCAAUGUUGAUGAUUUCAAAUCAGUUAGAAGGAACUCGAAGAGGGCUGCACACAAAAUUGGAAUGUCAUACAGAAGCCAAUCCGAUUUCUAUUAAUUAUUGGAUGAACCAACAUGGAGAUAUGAUAGUCUCUGACUCAAAAUUUACAGACGAGAAAAUUAGAACGGGAUAUAUUUGUAAAAUGAUCUUGCACAUAUCAAAUGUCAGUUAUGAAGACUUUAGCAGUUACAAAUGCGUAGCAGUGAAUGCUCUCGGAGAAACUGACGGAAUUAUAAAACUUUAUGAAAUUGCAUCAAUUGUAACGUCUAAUGAAGUAUUUUUCGAUGACGAACAUUACAAAUAUGAUUUGAAUAAUACAGAAAGUUACACGGUUGGACCCGCCUUAGAUGACAGUUUCACCUUAUCAUCUAGUUACAUUCACCGUCAAAACAUCAUACUGUUCAUUUUAAUUGUUCUUUUAACUUGGUUGUAAAAGAAUCGAUUUUUUUAUUUGUUAUAACAAUUGUAAUAAUUGAUAAUCAUAACAACAUGUUAUAAAAUAUGUUGUUAUAAUAUUAUGACUUGUUUAAAUUGUGUAAUUAUUUGCUUACACUAAAUUAACUGUUGUAUAUUUUGUUAUAAUAUUUAUAAACUAUUAUUGAAUUAUAUUCAGU